UCUCAAACCCACUCUCUCUGUGCCCUCCUAGGAGACACUGACUGGAAGGAGAUGACCCCUGGUAAGAAGAUCCCCGUCUUUGUGGACGGGGUUGUGCUUAAUGGACCUCAGACAGAUGUGAAGGCUGGAGAAAAGUUUGUUGAAGAAGCCUGUAGGCUAAUAAUGGAAGAGGUGGUUUUGAAGGCUACAGAUGUCAAUGAAAAGGUUUGUGAGUGGCAGCCCCCUGAGCAGCUGCGGCAGCUCCUUGACCUGGAGAUGAGGGACACGGGGGAGUCACAGGACAAGCUGCUGAAACUCUGCCAGGAUGUCAUCCACUUCAGCGUCAAAACCAGCCAUCCGAGGUUUUUCAACCAGCUGUAUGCUGGCCUUGAUUACUACUCCUUGGGGGCCCGGAUUAUAACAGAGGCACUGAAUCCAAGCAUUUAUACGUAUGAGGUGUCCCCAGUGUUUCUGUUAGUGGAAGAGGCGGUUCUGAAGAAAAUGAUUGAAUGUGUUGGCUGGAAAGAAGGGGAUGGAAUAUUUAACCCAGGUGGCUCAGUGUCCAAUAUGUGUGCAAUGAACUUAGCUAGAUACAGACAUUGCCCUGAUAUCAAGGAGAAAGGCCUGUCUGGUUUGCCAAGAUUAAUCCUUUUGACGUCGGCAGAGUGUCAUUACUCCAUGAAGAAAGCGGCCUCCUUCCUUGGGAUUGGCACCCAGAAUGUGUACUUUGUAGAAACAGAUGGAAGAGGUAAAAUGAUACCGGAGGAUCUGGAGAAACAAAUCCAGCAAGCAAGACAAGAGGGGGCAGUGCCGUUUCUUGUCUGUGCCACCUCUGGUACCACCGUGCUGGGCGCCUUUGACCCCCUGGAUGAGAUUGCUGAGGUCUGUGAGAGGCAUGGCCUCUGGCUCCAUGUGGAUGCCUCUUGGGGCGGCUCAGCUUUGGUGUCAAGAAAGCACUGCCGGCUCCUGCAUGGCAUCCACAGGGCUGACUCGGUGGCCUGGAACCCUCACAAGAUGCUGAUGGCAGGAAUCCAGUGCUCUGCCCUGCUCGUCAAGGACAAAUCUGAUCUUCUUAAGAAGUGCUACUCUGCCAAAGCAACGUAUCUGUUCCAGCAGGAUAAAUUCUAUGAUGUCAGCUAUGACACGGGAGACAAGUCCAUCCAGUGUAGCAGGAGACCUGAUGCAUUCAAGUUCUGGAUGACCUGGAAGGCCCUGGGCACAUCAGGACUUGAGGAGAGAGUUAAUCGUGCCUUUGCACUAUCUCGGUACCUGGUGGAUGAAAUCAAGAAAAGAGAAGGCUUCAAGUUGCUGAUGGAACCUGAAUAUACCAAUGUUUGUUUUUGGUACAUUCCACCGAGUCUCAGAGAGAUGGAAGAAGGACCAGAGUUCUGGAAAAAACUUAGCUUGGUGGCCCCAGCCAUUAAGGAGAAAAUGAUGAAGAAGGGAAGUCUCAUGCUGGGCUACCAACCCCACCGGGGGAAGGUCAACUUCUUCCGCCAGGUGGUCAUCAGCCCUCAAGUGAGCCGGGAAGACAUGGACUUCCUGCUGGACGAGAUAGACAGCCUGGGUAGAGACAUGUAG